UGCUCUGUUUUCAUCAGGAACAGCAAAACAAACGCGGAUCAGGUGACCGUGGAUCCAGAACUGGGUGUGAUCAACCUGAUGAUGUGGAGAAAUGAAAAACGAAACCGAAGAUAGAUGCGGCCAACCCAGAAACUCACGGGUCAGAGUCAGUCUGAUCUGGUCUGGUCUCCAGUCUGCUCGCAGUUUUACUUCAUGCAGUGAAGAUUUGAUUUGAAGCAGUGAGGAGCGCUUACAUAGAAAGAUGUCAGCAGCAAGGGAGGAACUACAGGAGUCCUUGACGCGCUAUGUCACAGAUACUCUCGCCCACAUGGAGCUUGUGAGGGAAUUCUGUGAGAUGUUCUCUAAAUGGAUGGUGUCGAGGGAGACUGAGUUAGUAAUGAUGAGGGACAUAAAGGAAAGGGCUGAAAAGAUUAAUCUGGGUAUCAGCCAUGUCACACAGUCACAGGACAAAGGGAACGCCUUUGUUGAUUAUUUUAAGAGUAAAUUCAGUGGUGUGACGUCAGAAAGCAAGUUAGCAGAGCUGGAGAGUGAGCUGUCUGAGGUGCUGAACGACACGCUGGACGCCCUGGAGAAGCUCGACUGCUUCCUGGAUGCAGUGGAGAAGCUGGCGGUCACCUCACUGCAUGUGUUCACAGAGAGCCAGGUGUUACACCUAGCCGGCGACAUCUGCACCGACCACGUUCAGGCUACCAUCACAGCUGCACGUCUCAUCUGCCCGCUCCUCUUGGUGUUUAAAAGAGACGCAGCCGUCUUCUUCCUCCCCAAACUUCAGAAUUUGGAUGUAUUGGCAUAUCAGCUGGAGAGAUAUAUCCAGACCUCCAAGAAAAUCUGCGAGAAGAUGGAAAAAAGCUGCUUCAGUGACUUCUCCCCAGAGACGAUCAAUGAAGCUGUGGUGAACCUCAGUGGGGAUGUAUCUGAAAAUGAUGUUCAGAGGAUGCUGGAUCACAUUCAUCAGCUUGAUCACAUCAGGAUGGAUCCAAACUUUCGGAUGGUGUUUCUUUUUCAAGAUGAUUCCUACCAUGGUUUCCUACUGGAGUUUAGCAAGCGUCAGCCGAGGAUGUCGGAGUUUCUAGAGCAGCUGGAGGUGAAUGCCGUUCAGCUGGACAGCAUGAACAAAGGAGCAAAGAUCUCCAGUGUGGUUGGCAGCUCCGUGGGAGCGGUCGGAGGUGUGCUCUCCAUUGUUGGCUUGGCAUUAAUUCCAGUUACAGCAGGAGUGUCUCUAGCCCUGACCAUGACUGGAAUCGGGAUGGGAGUAACCAGUGGAGUCAACAGCAUCGUUACCACGGUCACAGAGGUGGGGGUUAAUCGUACUCAUCAAAAGAAAGCCAGCACGGUCUUUCAGAGCUUCAUGGAAGACGUGAUGAAGCUGCAGGAUAGCCUGGAAGAUGUGAUGGAUCAAACCAUGAAAAAAUUGGAGACAAGUGAGCUAGAGUUGGCUCUGGGACUCAGCAAAGCUAUCUGUAAAGCUGGGACAGUUGGGAAAAGCAUCGAUUCAAUUGUAGACCUAGCUUCUGCUGCCAAACUUUUAAAAGCUGAAGAGAUUGUUUCAAGUGCUGGUAAGGUGGUCGCUCAGGAAGGAAAGGCGCUGCGGAACAUUCCCAGACUGGCAGCAGACGUCCCAGAUGUUGGCCAGGCAGCUGUUAAAGGAACCCUUGUUGUCUCCAAAUCAGCCAGAGCCGGUCUGAUCGCACUUAACGCUCUCUUCCUCGGCAUGGACAUCAUCUUGAUCUGUAAGGACAGCAUCAGUCUGGCCAAAGGGAGCGAGACAAAGAUCUCGCAGUUCAUCAGAGCCAGAUCUGCUCUGUGGAGCUCAGAAAUAGAUUCAUGGAAGAAGAUCCACGAUUCUCUGAAUGAUGGCAUACCUUCGUCUGGGAAAAAAGAGGCUGUCCUUGAAACACCAUUUUAUACAGAGGUUUAAAUGGAGAAAUUAAAUAUGAGUUAAAGUUGUUUUAUAUAGUAGAUUAAAAAAACAAAUAUUUACAGUGGUAUAUUAUACUGUAGUGCCAUGUGGCAUGCCUUGAUCAAAUCAAAGGGAUCAUUUCAGUCCAUUUGAACAGUGGAGACAGAUAAACAUGUAACCCACUACAUCAGUAAAAUGUAGCUUCAGGCUUUUAAAGCUGUGAGCAAAUCAACUGAUCCAUGAUGGUUUUGCUUUUCUUUGCAAGAGGUAGAUUGUUUUCUUGACUGAAUAAUAACCUUUAAAUUCAGACUUCUUUUUGUUCUACACAUUUGACUUCUAAAUAAACACUUAUAUCAACAUUAACACAUUCAAACUGUAAGAAAUGUUCCUUAAGCACCUUCUUAUGAUGUAACAGUUUGAUAAUACUGUUAAUAAACAUGAACU